AUGGAGAGCGCGUGGAGGAAGGCCAAGCGGGCGCUGGCCCUCCGUCUCUGCGUGCUCGCCCCCGCCGAGGGCGACGGCGGCGAUGGGAGGCCGGCGGCGUCGGGCGCCGGCGGGUGUCGGGGCGAGGCGGCCGUGACGGUGGGGUCGGCGCCCGAGGAGCCGGCGGCUGGCGGCGGCGGCGCGUUGCGGAGGUCCAAGUCCGGGAGCAGGUCCUCCUCCAAGAGGAAAUGUGCAAUAUGCUUUGACUCUAUGAGAUCAGGCCAUGGUCAAGCCUUGUUCACUGCAGAAUGCUCUCAUAAGUUCCAUUUUCACUGCAUUUCAUCCAAUGUGAAACAUGGGAAUCAUGUCUGCCCAGUCUGCCGGGCAAAGUGGAAAGAGAUACCCUUGAAUCGCUCACUCUCUUCCAACAUUCCUGAUGGAAGACGUGGAAUUAAUGGAGUCCAAUUGCCACAACAAGAUGCCUAUGUGGCUCUUCUCCAUCAAGUUCCAAACCGUCAGCAAGGAGUUCGUCGCUUACAUACUUCUGAGCCAACAGACUUCAAUGACGAUGAACCUUUACAGCAGACAGAAGCUACUGACAGUCUUAAUUCUCGGUCUAAGAAGACUGCAGAAAUCAGUACAUAUCCAGAAUUCUCAUCCAUUCCACAGUCAUCAUCUCAAGCUGGAUUUUCUGUCCUGAUCCACCUGAAAGCUCCCAGUGCUAGCUCAGACCAGGUCACAGGCAGAUUGGUCAAUGAAAGCUCAGUUAGAUCCCCAAGCGGACGUGCUCCUGUUGAUCUUGUCACAGUGAUUGAUAUUAGUGGCAGUAUGGCAGGCACCAAGCUGGCACUGCUAAAGCGGGCAAUGGGCUUUGUGAUUCAACACCUUGGUCCAUCUGAUCGCCUUUCUGUAAUUGCUUUCUCAUCUUCUGCCCGAAGGCUGUUCCACCUUCAGCGCAUGUCGCAUUAUGGCAGGCAGCAGGCUUUGCAGGCUAUUAACUCGCUUGGUGCUGGUGGUGGCACAAACAUUGCUGAAGCACUUAAGAAAGCUACAAAGGUGAUUGAGGAUCGCAGCUAUAAAAAUUCAGUGUGCAGCAUCAUUCUUCUGUCUGACGGGCAAGAUACAUACAACCUUAGCUCAAAUGUUCGAGGGGGCCCGAAAGAUUAUAGCACACUUGUCCCACAGUCUAUUCUGGAUGAUACACGGCGUAUGCUGCCUAUUCAUGCUUUUGGAUUUGGAGCAGACCAUGAUUCAGACUCCCUGCAUUCAAUUGCUGAAGCUUCUGGUGGCACAUUUUCCUUUAUCGAAGAUGAAGGCGUGAUGCAGGAUGCGUUUGCUCAAUGCAUUGGUGGGCUUCUUAGUGUUGUCGUACAGGAGAUGCGACUCAACAUGGAAUGUGUUCAUCCUGGUGUUCAACUCUGUUCCAUCAAAUCUGGUAGCUACCCAAGCAUGAUGGCAAGGGAUGGGCGGAGCUGUUCAGUUGAUAUUGGUCAUCUGUAUGCUGAUGAGGAGAGGGACAUUUUGCUGUCGGCGAACAUCCCACAGUGUCGCGAACAGACCUCACUGUUAAAGGUUGCUUGUUCUUACAGGGAUCUAACUAAUGAGACCAUCAAGCUUCAAGUAGAUGAGGUGAAGAUCAACAGGCCGACAUCCGCCAUAUCUGAACAUGUAUCCAUUGAGGUUGACCGUGAGAGGAACCGCAUACAGGCCGCUGAUUCUAUCGAAUCUGCGAGGGCUGCUGCUGAGAGGGGUGCUCUUGCCGAGGCUGUGACAAUUCUGGAGGACUGCAGGAGGAGACUAUCAGAGUCUUUUGCAAGCAGGAGCGGGGACCGUCUUUCCUUGGCCCUUGACGCAGAGCUGAGGGAGAUGCAGGAGAGGAUGGCGAGUCGCCAGCUCUAUGAAGCUUCAGGGAGGGCAUACAUGCUAUCUGGACUGAGCUCGCACUCCUGGCAGCGAGCGACGACACGCGGGGACUCGACAGAGAGCAGCACCAUUGUUCACUCCUAUCAGACGCCAUCCAUGGUUCAGAUGUUACAGCAUUCCCAGAGCCACAUCCCUUCGCCGCCGGGCCAGCAGCCACAAGCCCGGCCACCCAGGCCGUCGGCGAGGUAG